AAAAUAGAAGUAGCCAUGAAAACUAUAUUAAACAUUUUCCAAAUUUUUAUCCUACUAUUCGUCAUUCCAUCUCUAGCAAAAUCAGUGAAAUUUAAUUACCCAUCGGUUUUUAACUUCGGCGAUUCAAAUUCCGACACUGGUAAUCUUGUUGCUGCCUAUGGUUUCUUCCUUGAACCACCGUAUGGACAAUCUUACUUCAAACCUCCGACUGGGAGAUUCUGUGAUGGCCGUCUAAUUGUUGACUUCCUCUACACCUCAAAAACCUUGCCAAUGGCAACCAAUAAGAACUCUAUCAUCCAAAUCCUCACUAUUCUAUCCAUUUCUAUCUUAAAAGUACACUCCAUAGAUUUCAAUUUCCCUGCUGUUUUCAACUUCGGAGAUUCCAAUUCCGACACCGGUAACCUCAUUGCUGCCGGCGUCGAAACCAUUAAUCCACCUUAUGGUCAAAUUUACUUUCACAAACCCUCUGGAAGAUACUGUGAUGGCCGUCUCACCAUUGAUUUUCUUAUGGAUGAAAUGGAUCUGCCAUUCCUAAAUGCAUAUUUGGAGUCAGUAGGAUUACCGAAUUUUCGAAAAGGGUGCAAUUUUGCAGUUGCAGGAUCUAAAAUUCUUCCGGCAACUGCAUCAUCGGUUAGCCCUUUUUCACUGGGACUUCAAGUCAGUCAGUUCCUUCGUUUCAAGAACCGAUCUCUGGAAUUGAUAGCCAAAGGUAAGAAAUUCGACAAGUAUCUGCCAGCAGAAGAUUAUUACGAGAAGGGACUAUACAUGUUCGAUAUAGGACAGAACGAUCUUGCUGGUGCAUUUUACUCCCAGACGUUUGAUCAAGUAGUAGCGUCGAUUCCUAAUAUUUUGGUGGAAUUUGAAACUGGAGUCAAGAGACUAUAUGAACAAGGAGCAAGAAAUUUCUGGAUACAUAACACAGGUCCCCUUGGAUGCUUAGCUCAGAAUGUUGCAAAAUUCGGAACUGAUCCAUCAAAACUCGACGAGUUUGGAUGUGUUAGUGGGCAUAAUCAAGCAGCUAAACUUUUCAAUCUGCAGCUUCAUGCCCUCUCCAAAAAACUACAUGGCCAAUAUGUUGAUUCAAAUGUCACAUAUGUUGAUAUCUACACUAUAAAAUAUAAUCUUAUAUCAAACUAUUCUCGAUAUGGAUUUGAGCAACCAAUAAUGGCUUGCUGUGGCUAUGGAGGACCGCCGUUAAACUACGACAGUCGGGUCAGUUGUGGGCAAACAAAGGUUUUGAAUGGUACCACAGUAUCAGCAAAAGGUUGCAAUGAUAGCACUGAGUAUGUGAAUUGGGAUGGAAUUCAUUAUACUGAGGCUGCAAAUCAGUAUAUUUCGUCGCAGAUACUGGCCGGAAAAUACUCUGAUCCACCAUUUUCAGAUCAAAUGCCUUUCCUUCUCAAUCUCAAGUUCUGAAGAGCUAAUCUGCUCAAUUUAUUGUAAUUAUUUCAUUCAUUUCUUCUUCGGCAACUAAUCGCAAGCUGUGAUAAAUGAUGUACUAACAAUUUGAAGUAAAAUCAGACAAUGAAAAUUAAUAUUACUACACAUGUUUGAGUUAGUCAACUCAAAUUGACAUGACUAUUUUUUUUCCUCAUGGUGGUCAUCUUAUGAUAAAAUCAAAACAAUAAUUUCACAACCAUUAGAUAAAUUAUUGUUCCAAUACAAAUUCCAUAAACCCAAGCCAAUUUCUGUCCUAAUCCUCUGAUAUGCCAAGGCUCUGAUCUAUAUUGCACGGAAAUGAAAAUGCUGAAAUGGAAAAUCUUGAAACAGAAUACCGCAAAAUCGCAAGCAUUU